AUCAGGGAGUUAUGAAUUAAACAAGGGAAGAAAGAGGAUCUUAUAUGGUACAAAAAUCUUAGCAUCAGUAAUAUCCAAGCUCACUCCCACUAACAGCCAGGAGCUUCCAAAUGGCAAAAAGGAUGAAGACAUUUCUCACACCAUCAGAAGGACCCAACGGAUUGCAGAGACGAAUAGUUUUUUCUCAACAGAAUGUUUAAAUGCAUAUCUUUCUACUGAAAGCAAUGUUGAAGAACUAUCUCUGCAUUCUACAAGGCAUCAUGGCUUUACUCAUGCAAGCACUUCAAUGACUUUCAAAUUUGGGAAUUUAAAAGUAGAGGUACAAAAGCUUCUAAUUAUUAACCAUGGUUGCAAGGACAUGUUCCAGAUUUCAUUUUCAAUUCAGCAUUACUUCGUUAUAGUUUCAAGAUUAAACUCACUUACAAAGCUAACAGACUGCUGCAGAUACAACACUCCAUUGGAUAAGCAUGGAAGAUGACAUAAUACUCGCCACAGCAUCACAAAUGAGCGAAGCAACAUCCAACAAAGCGUGUGAUUUCGAAACAAAAGAAGCCCCAUCAAGUCAAUCCUCCAUUCCGGGCAAAAUAGAUUCAGGAGACUCCAUAGUCUCGGCUUCUCUAUGGGAAUCACUAAUAAAUUCAUCAAUUGUGAAAAAGAGCCAUAUAGGUUUUGCUAAACUAAAGGGGAUAACUUGGACUGCUUCUUCUCAGUACCUGAGAAACAAAAAGCUUUUGCAGCAAGGUAAGCAACUUCUGUUUGAUUCUGUGAAGGAGUCUUUAGAAACCCAUGGAAGGAAGGGUGAAAGAGAAAAGUAUGCUCAAGACGUCGCACAUCCAGAAGAUAUUAAGAAAAUCAUCUAUAAGCAGACUGGAGACUUUACAAACAUUACCCACAAGAUGAAUUUUGAUCUCUCCAGCACAUUAGAAAACUGGAGUGAUUUUAAGCAACUAAAAAGGAGGAUAGGCAGGGAGAUAGGAGAUGCUAUCAUGGAUGAGAUUCUCAAAGAGAUGCUUGACUUAUUUUUGCAGUAAACAGAUGUUCUAUCCACAGGAAUAGAUACUUGAUCAACCACCCAGAGCUUGUUCAGGAAUUCCAGAACUGAACAGGCUGGUUUUAUACAAGGACUUUUAUGUGAUGCACAGUAAACAUGCCUUGAGCAAAUUUAGAGGAACUGAAAAUCAAUCAACUUGUCUUCAACUGACCAAGUUGAUAGCCCCUAAUCUUUACUUCUUUUUUCCCCCUCAAUCUUGUGAGCGAGUUAGGAAGACGGAAAGCUAUUGCUUCAUGCUCCUUCAUUGUUAACUUUAAGCAGACAGUAGUUGUCAAAAAUGAAAAGAUAUCGACAUAAUUAUAUACAGAAGCAAAAACACAAGAAUAGAAGAGAGCAACAUUUAAAGACGGGUAUAUACACCAAAGAAUAUUUUUGUUCUCAUGCUUCAAAACAACAAAGUAGAGAUACACAUAUGAUAAGCAAGACAUGCAAACAGGAUUUUAUUAGCUAGGGCCUAGAGGAUAACACAUUAUUAACUAUGGUCUAUCAAUGAUGACAAGCAAUGGUAAGGAUGAUUGUCACCAUAAAUUUAUCAUAAUGGAUACGGGAUGUAGAUCUAGAAGUAAAAGCCACAUAAUGACAAGUCAAUAGCUAUUUGAUGGUCUUCCUCCAUCCCACCUAGAAAGGGGAGAUCAGAGAAGUAUCUUUAGUAUUAAAAGGGAAUAGUUGUAUUA